AUGGUUGCGUGCGCCGAAGGUAUAGGUGUGCCCCAUGGCUCUGGAAUGUUCAGGCAAGCGCUGCAUGCUGUCUCAUACUUGAGCGAGGACAAGCUCGCUGCCAAAGUGGACUACUUGAAGAAGACAUUUAGGUGGUCAGAUACGGAGGUCCGCAUUGCUGUGUUCAAGAGGCCGGUUGUGCUGAGGAGGUCAAAGGACACGCUGCAGCGCAUGUCAGAGUUCCUUAUCUCUGAGGUGGGGUUGGAACCAGCACGCAUUGCUCACUUGCCGGUUAUGCUCGGUCUUAGCCUGGAGGGCCGGCUCAGGCCCCGGUACUAUGUUAUGAGGUUUCUUAGGGAAAAUGGAUUGCUCAAGCGCAACCAAAGCUACUAUACAAUUGUUAAAUGGACUGAGAAAGAGUUCUUGGACAAGUUCAUAUGCCCUCACAAGGACGCUGCACCAUACCUUGCUGAAGACUAUGCAAGCGCUUGCAGAGGGGAAGUGCCUGCGAGAUUCAUAUUUGCAUGA